AUGAGAGCAGAAUUCACCAUGCAGAAGAGCACAGCCCAGAUGAUCAUAGCAGUCUGCCUGAUCUGUCAUUCUUUGGCAGUGGAGCUUAAGGAUAAGGCUAAAAUACCGCUGAAUAUUGACGGUGUUCAAGGGCAUAAUUUGAAGCUGCUAACCGAGCAACUGAAUCGAGGUUGGAGAGCAUUCUGUGAUGCCCCUGUGGACGAGGGUGUCAUGUCCCUAUUUCAGGGCAUAAAUCCCAGCGAUGCCCGAAUCCAUGUGAUGACCAUCACCAAUCAGAGUGUAGAGCUGCCCAUCAAGUCAAUAUCUCAAAUCAAGGAUUUCGAUAUCAGUCCGGAGCGUAAGACCCUCAUCUAUGUGAAUGCCUUCCACACGGCCGACAGCUAUUUCAGUGUCCAGGAGCACUUGACCCUGCUGCAGAACAGCAGAAGGGAUCUCAAUGUUAUAGUGGUGGAUUUCGCCAAGGAUGUGGCUCAACUGUACUAUGCAGUGCGUCACCAUCUGUCCGUUGAUGGAUAUUUCGUGUAUAAACUUGUGAGGGCUCUUAAGGAUGCGGGCAUUGCUAUGCAGGAUAUUACUCUGGCAGGACACUCGGUGGGUGCGAAUAUAGCCGCAUUGGGUGCCCAACUUUUUGCCCGGGAAAACAAACAGUUGGUGGGUCAACUGAUUGCCAUCGAUCCGGCCACCAUGUGCCAAACCACCGAUAUACUGGUAAAGCAAAGUGUGGCCUCUAGGGUGGUGGUUCUGCAUGGCGAGGGGGAUGUUUUCGGGGUGAGGGUUCCGCUGGGUCACAUCGAUAUCUAUCCCAAUGGUAUAGGCUACUUCCCGAGAAGGAAACUUCAACCUGGCUGCGAGUCCAAGAUCUGUAGUCACAUGUAUCCAUUUGUUCUAUUCAUGGAGGCUCUCAUCGAGGGUGUCAUGAUCCCAGCUACCAAGUGCGAAAGUUGGGCCAAGUUCCGGCAGGGCGACUGUAAUUUCAAGAACACCAUCAACAUUGGUCUUAUCUAUCCAGCCAAUGCCAAGGGUCUGUACUUUUGUCUGACCCAACCGAACCCUCCAUUCACCUACAUGGAACAUGGACUGCGCUAUAAGGCGAGACGUCCUGAGAAACCAGCUGAUAGAAAAACCUCUUAAGUUUUAGUUUUAGUUGUACGAAGUGUAUCUGUUUUUUAGUUGGAUAGUUAAAUUAUUAAAAUUUAUUUUUAU